AUGGCUGCGCUACCGGACGACACAAAAGACGCCGAUACGCGUGAGGAGGAUGGAGGCGUUGCGCGCGUUGUGCCUGCGACCAAGCCUGUCACUUCGCAAUACACACCCAUAGCUCGCGGCCGAACUUUUCCUGGACUCGGCAGAAUCUUAAGUCUAUACGCACAAGCCUCCGACCCCGACCGGUUCGCGAUGCUUGAGAUGAUCGAAAGCUUCGCCGCAAACUCUGCAUUCCACGCUUCGGCUUCCAGCUUCAUCAGACAUAAUCCGCACCACCCUUUUCGCUUCAUGGAUCUACCGACAGAGAUCAGGGCUAUUAUAGCCGGUUACGCGUUCAAGUCUGACCAAAUGCUCGUCUUCCGUUGGUUGGAACGUCGGUCAACUGGAUGGGUCGGGGUUUUUGAAGGCACCGAAGAACUCACUGCACUCGCUCGUACAUGUAAACAGGCUCAUUCCGAGCUGUCGCAUAUGGUUUGGAAAAUCAACACCUUCCGAAUCAGUGGAGAUAUUCUGAUCCCGCCUCCCCGCUCCACUUUCCACUAUCCUCAACUGCAGGAGAGCUUACUUGAGGCUAUCAAGUUCCUUGUUGACAGUUCCAACGGCCGGACCUUCAAAUCGCUUUCACUCGUCGUGCCGAUCGAAAUGGUGGCGGGCUUUGGUUCAUCUUGUGGUCUAGCUGAAUCGAGCUUAACAUACUGCUUCCACAUCCAAAACCUGAUGCCUGAAGCGCGAAUUGAGUUUUACGCUCGAUGGUGGGAAUGUGAUGACUACGAAGAGGGAUUUGUGGUACGGGUAAGGAUGACUCUUCAGGUGGGUUAUUCCAUGAUCAAAGCACUGGCAAAUGAGGACAGCAAAGGUAUUCCUCGAGCUUGGACACUCCAUCCAUACAUCUCCAGUCGAGACUGGAUCGUGAUGAAGCAGAACCUUAUCGCUGCAGGUCGCGAGCAGAUCAUCAAGUGGGCAGAGGAGGGCCUGUGA